AUGUUUGCUCGCACGAUUGACUUCAAUAGAGGGAGCGAAAACUUUAUCGAGAUUUACAAAGUUGUAAGGGAAAAAAUCAAAGACCUUUGGGGUAGAGUAGAGGAUGCGAAGAUGAUAACAAUGACUAUUAUACUCAUUGCUGCUGUGGCUGGAGCCGAAAUUUAUGACUGGUUCAACUGGUCGAAAAUUUAUGAGCAGCAGAACCAACUGGAUAAUAGUGUGAUUAAGUUGCACAAGGUUACAGAGGAUCUGAAUAGUGCUGUUCUAACACUUGACAAAGCCUCUGUCAAGCUGCCAGAAAAACACUCAUUGCCUUCAUCUCUCUCUCCCUCUCUCUCCUCAACGAAUCCUCUUAGAAUCCUUUCCCCCAUGCCUUAA